AUGCAGGCACUGGAGACACACGGUGAUACAGGCACUGAGACACACGGUGAUACAGGCACUGAGACACACGGUGAUACAGGCACUGAGACACACGGUGAUCAGGUGCGGGCUGAGACACACGUAUCAGGCACUGAGACACACGGUGAUACAGGCACUGAGACACACGGUGAUACAGGCACUGGAGACACGGUGAUGCAGGCACUGAGACACGGUGAUACAGGCACUGAGACACACGGUGAUACAGGCACUGAGACACACGGUGAUACAGGCACUGAGACACACGGUGAUACAGGCACUGAGACACACGGUGAUACAGGCACUGAGACACGGUGA